UAUGAGUGACCUAGGAGUGACCUGGCUUUUCCGAUCUCAGUCCAGGGGCGCCACAUGGCUCCGGCGGCGCCCGUCGUCGCGGCGCUGGGCGACGACCUCCUCCGCGAGGUCUUCGUCCGCCUCCCCACCCCCGCCGACCUCCUCCGCGCCGCCGCCGCCUGCAAGCCCUUCCUCCGCGCCGCACGCAGCGCGCCGUUUCUCCGCCGUUUCCGCCGCCGCCACCCGUCCUCCUGCCCGCGCCUCCUCGGCUGCAUCCUCCUCUUCCCCAACCGCCGCCGUGGCAAGUUCCACCUCCUCCCCAUCUCUCCCCCACCAUCAUCCUCCUCGUCCGCGGCUUCGGCUGCCAACGGCUGCGGUGGCGACUUCGCCCUCUCCUUCCUUCCCGGCGGCGGCUGUCUGGGCCGGGGCCCCGCCACGUGGGAGCACCUGGACUGCCGAAAUGGCCGCCUCCUCCUCAAGAACAUGGGGUCCCAGGAUCUCGCCGUCGCGGACCCGGUCUCCCGCCGCUGCGUCUCCCUCCCGGCGCCCCCAACCGGACGCGCCGUCGGGUACGGCCUCUUCGCCGACCACGGCGACUCCUUGGAGUUCCGCGUGGUCUGCCUCUCGCGGGACGCCGCCUCGGGCGAGCUACGCGCGCUGUUCCUGUCCUCCGGCGAGCUCUCAUGGGCCGACGUCGCCGGCGCCCAGUGCCAGACCAAUCUCGCCGCCGGCUCCCGGGCGAUGCAGGCAAACCGGUCGCUGUACUGGAGGCUCGACGGCGGGGAGCUCAUGAUGGCAUUCAGCACGGCGUCCAUGGAGUUCUCGGUCCUGGACCUCCCGCCUGACUUGCGGGAGCUCAGCUUCGAUGCCGUCGACAGGGGGGAAGAGGAGGAUGUCAAUGUGCUCCAUCUGAUCACCAUGAGGGGCUUCCGCAUUGAGGUGUGGGCUGGCACGGUGGACGGUGACGGUGGGAUAGCAUGGAGGCGGGUGGAGAAGUCGGUGAGGUUCCACAAGGUGCUGACAGAGAUGAUCAAUCCUUCAGUGGAUUCGUACCAGCACGAGCUAGAUGUCAUCGGAGUGGCUGCUGGCGUUGUGUUCUUGCGGCAGUGGAAUCAUCUAUUCUCCAUUGAUCUUGAAACCAUGAGGCUCAAGAUGUUGCCCAAUAAGGAUUGCGCAGAGGCACUGAUCUAUCCUUACACAAUCGUGUGGCCGCCUUCUUUCUUGAAUCAGCAGGACAAGGCACCUGAUGAAACGGGGAACCAGUCAGUGGAAUAGGCUUCUUGUGAUACCAAGCUCCAUCGCAUGGUGAGGAGUUUGGCAGAGGCAAUGGUGGAAAAGGAAGGAACUUGAUUAUCGGAAUGAAGGCUUAGGAAUUAUCACUGCUCAGCUGCUCUAGUUGUGCUUGCAAGUUUCAGCCUUGUAUGUAUCCUAAGUAUCCUGUAUUUGUUUUCUAGGUUGGUAAAAUGUUUUCUCAAAUUCUGCCUGCCGUUGGUCUAGUAAUCAGUAUUAUUCCAUCUGGAAGUGUUGUAUUUAGUUUGUUUAACUAAGGUUGGCAGAAGCUUCGUACUGUUCAUAUAGUUAUAUUGUGCUGAUUUAUGUAUCACUUCAUACUGCUCAUAUGAGAAAUGACCGACCUAUCUCAGUUGGACUUGGUAUUA